UCAACAGUAGUAGAGUAACCGUAGCGUAGCAAUGUUGCUUUCGCAGACUUCAAAUGGCUGAGAAGCAAUCCAAGAGACAGAAUCACAGAACCGGAGAGAAAAAGAUAGAGAGAGAGAAAUUGACUGAUCCCCAUUGAAGGACUGCUUCUUCAACUACUAUCUCAUUCACGCACAUUCUUCAUUCCUCAUUUCCUCCAAUUUCCACUGUCUGCUUUAUCACUGGUACAGUUCAGAACUCGCAUAAUUAACACAAUUCAAAGGGAAUCCACUUCAAUUGGAUCUUCUACUCUGCGUUUUGUUCCCUCAAUGGAGCAAGCUCCGGUAGGAUUACGCGGAUCCGUGCACGAAGGCGCUACACUUGAGUCAAUUCAAUUCAACGAAGAAAUUCAGGGAAUCAUGGCGCCGGCACCGGCGCCGGAAAAUGCCAGCUCAUUCACUGCUCUACUUGAGCUUCCGCCAACCCAGGCGGUGGAGCUCCUUCACUCACCCAACUCUGAUGGAGCUCGGAAGCCACCUAAUUGCCACGUCAGCACUAAUCACAAACCCUAUUUGCUCAACUCUUUCGGUGGCAAUUUGACCUUUCCUUCCAACGCCGCUUUAAUUGAACGCGCAGCCAAGUUUUCCGUGUUUGCUGGUGAAAACUCAACGUCGCCGGGGGAGGCAUGUCUGCUUCGGGCCGGGUCAGGUUCGAAUUUGGAUAGGGUGAAGAACGAGCCGCAAGAGACUGAUUCGAACCCGUGCUCCACGCAAGGGUGUGUUUCGGAUCCUGUUGUUGAGAACAAGAACAAGAAGACGACCGCGAAGAGAAAGGAGCGAGAGAAGAAAGUAACGGUUAGAGGAUCCUUGAAGAAGAGUAAGAGCGUCGCUGAUGAGACCUCCGUUGACAGUGAGAAGCUUCCCUAUGUCCACGUUCGAGUUCGUCGAGGUCAAGCCACAGAUAGCCAUAGCUUGGCAGAAAGGGCUAGGAGAGAGAAGAUCAAUGCUCGCAUGAAGCUUUUACAAGAGCUGGUCCCAGGCUGCGACAAGAUAUCAGGAACGGCAAUGGUUCUAGAUGAAAUCAUCAAUCAUGUGCAAUCUCUACAGCGUCAAGUGGAGAUUUUAUCAAUGAAACUGGCAGCAGUUAACCCAAGAAUUGAUUUCAGCCUUGACAGCUUAUUGGCUACUGACGGGGCAUCUCUAAUGGAUAGUAACAUACCUAGCAUGAUGACACCUCUCAUGUGGCCAGAAAUCCCAGUCAAUGGCAACCGGCAGCAUUACCAACAACAGUGGCAAUUCGAUGCAUUCCACCAACCGCUAUGGGAGAGGGAAGAAGUCAACCACAAUUUCGUCACUCCGGAAAACUCACUUUUGAGUUAUGACUCGUCGGCGAAUUCAGCAUCUCUGCACUCAAAUCAAUUGAAGAUGGAGCUCUGAAAGCGUACAGAAGUCGUACCAGUGGCUAUUAGCUUAUUAAUUAGUGUAUAUAUCAAAUAUAGUAUUCGCAGUUAGCAGUGAUUUGACCGGUCUGAACGUUUAGCAGGAUUCCCAUGUCUUCUAUUUGUCAGAGGGGGUUGGAAACUGGAUUUUCUUUACCCAGAAAUGAAGAUGAAUUGGCAUGUUCUUCUAUUAUAUUAUUACUAUGUAUACUAACUAUAGGGGUUAUUCAAUCCAUGAGGUGAUUGAUUCAUGAUUGUAAAAUCAUAGAACGGACUGUUAUUGAACUAUCAGUGGAGUGAGUUGCUUGGUUCAUUAAAUGCUACUUAGAUGAUGGCUAUGAGGAUUUAAUUCAGAAUUACAUGCAAUAUUUUAUUUUA